AAACAAUUUUUUUUGCCAACAUGAUACACAGGGAAAUACCCAAGUGCAAAUUCAAGUUUCAAAACGACUUUCGUGUUCGUUGUUAUUAAAGUUACACAGUUAAAAUUAUUUCUACUAAAGCAAGACGCAUAUAUGGCUGCCAGGAUACUUCUAUUUGUUUUACUGCUAACGAUAUCCAUAUCUCCUGUUUUAUGCGGAGAAGACGAAAUGAGUAUUUACCCCAUUUUUGUUGUAUGUAUUUUUGGUGUGUUCUGUGUGGUACUGGCAUGUUUUAAAUUGGUCCAGAAUGCACAACAUGAAGAAAAGCAAAGUGCUCCAUUAUAUUCUUCGUCACAAAAGAAUGCACAACAUGAAGAAAAGCAUAGUACUUCAAUAUAUCCUUCGUCACAAAAGGUUACACAGCACGUGAUUAUUGAUUUUGAUUCGGAUACUAGUCGUCAUUUACAACCAUAUGACAAGGAUGCGUAUUUUAAAAAAUAUUUAGAAAGGGGAGAUUUCCAAAAAGGAAUCAACUGGAAUCAUAUCGAAGAAGAGCAUCGUUCCAGUAAAAGCACUAAAAAAGGCCAGUUUUUGACGUCAAGUAGGUCGAAACUACGAAGAUAUUUUAGAUUGGCUGCAAGAGAUUAUGAAAGCAUAGAAGAUUCAUAUGGCAAAACAAAAGUUGUCAAAGCUACUUUAAACUCCCCGAUUGGCAAAAACAAAGUAUCCGGGAAAAAGCUUCGUCGGAUCUUAAUGGUAUUUGAUGCGGAUUUUAAGAUGAAAAGUGCAUACCCAAUACAAUGAAUUUAUAAUUUUUUACUAUGUACGUUCUUACUGUACGGUGUUAAUAUAACAAUAAUAUUCAUUUGGA